GUUUAUUUUUAAUUUGAAGACUAAUUUCGGCGCUUUGUACGUGGGUUCUUCCUCUUCCUUCCUCUUCUCCCUCUGUCAACUCCGCUCUCUCUCUCUCUCUAGCACGCACGCGUUUCUGCAUACGUAUACAUACACUUGUUUUUGUAUCUAUUACUUUUUUCUCUCCGAAUCUAUCCAUUGCGAUUACGUCAGAUGUUUGAAGUGCAAACGUUAAGAACGAAGCGGUGAAGCCUAUAUCAGAGGUGAUUUCAGCUGCAAGUUCGACUAUCUAUGGGUGUCUUGCGCCUCGGAUUUAUCGAAUCGGUGGCUUGAAGGUGAGUGACUCUGUGCGUGUUAUGUUCUCGAUAAUUGAAUUCGUCGUUUUAAUUUAUUUUCUUCAUCUUUUUUUAUAACUUCUUUUUCCGUUUUGUUUUCUUACGUUUUAUUGGACUGAUUUGGAUUGAAGGAGACUCGGCCUAUCGCCGAUUCUUGAAUGCUGUCAAAAACUGUCAAAAACGACCAAUAAUUUCUCUUGCUUAUAUGUACCAUGCCAAACACAUAAUCACGUCCACAAACAAACGAUAAUAAAAUUUGUGAGUUAGCAAGAAAAGAUAGGUAUAUCUACGUGGCGUCACUCCACAUACUUCAUUAUCUCAUGCCAAAAUGAAAGGCCUCUAACCAUUCACUCUCCACCACAUCCAAUUAUGUAUAAAUAAUAUAUAAAUUUAUACACUCCCAAAUUUAGAAAUUUAAAAAAAUUCCGUUGCUGCUCCACAUAAAAGAAAAACAAGAAGUGAAAGCAUGGCUAGACCAUUGCAAGUUGAAGUGUACAAUCCUAAUGGAAAAUACAGAGUUGUUAGCACCAAAUCUAUGCCAGGAACACGCUGGAUUAAUCUCUUGGUUGAUCAAGAUUGCCGUCUAGAAAUAUGCACGGAGAAGAAAACCAUACUAUCUGUUGAAGACAUCAUUUCUUUGAUUGGGAAUAAGUGUGAUGGAGUUAUUGGACAGCUGACAGAGGAUUGGGGGGAGAGAUUGUUCAGUGCAUUGAGCAGAGCAGGAGGGAGUGCCUUCAGCAACAUGGCUGUGGGGUACAACAACGUUGACGUGGACGCUGCUAACAAAUAUAGUGUUGCUGUGGGAAACACACCUGGAGUGCUGACAGAAACUACAGCAGAGUUAGCAGCUUCACUUUCAUUGGCUGCAGCCAGGAGAAUUGUUGAGGCUGAUGAGUUCAUGAGGGGAGGCUUGUAUGAUGGAUGGCUUCCUCAUCUUUUUGUGGGGAACUUACUAAAGGGCCAAACUGUUGGAGUGAUUGGAGCAGGUCGAAUUGGGUCUGCAUAUGCAAGAAUGAUGGUAGAAGGGUUCAAGAUGAACUUAAUCUACUACGAUCUCUACCAGUCCACUCGUCUCGAGAAGUUCGUUACAGCUUACGGGCAGUUCCUGAAAGCCAAUGGGGAGCAGCCGGUGACGUGGAAACGGGCAUCGAGCAUGGAUGAAGUGCUCCGAGAGGCUGAUGUGAUAAGUCUGCAUCCGGUGCUGGAUAAGACGACAUAUCAUCUGGUGAAUAAGGAGAGGCUGGGGAAGAUGAAGAAGGAAGCCAUCCUUAUUAACUGCAGCAGAGGACCUGUGAUUGAUGAGGCUGCUCUUGUCGACCACUUGAGAGUUAAUCCUAUGUUUCGAGUUGGUCUUGAUGUCUUUGAGGAAGAGCCAUACAUGAAGCCCGGGCUAGCAGAAAUGAAGAAUGCUAUUAUUGUGCCUCACAUUGCCUCAGCUUCAAAGUGGACUCGUGAAGGAAUGGCCACAUUGGCCGCACUUAAUGUCCUGGGCAAGAUAAAGGGAUACCCGAUUUGGGCGGAUCCGAACCGGGUAGACCCAUUCCUCAACGACAAGUCUCCACCACCACCAGCAUGCCCCAGCAUUGUUAACUCCAAAGCUUUAGGCUUGCCGGUCUCUAAGCUAUGAAAGACCUCUACCCAUUGUAUGUAAAUUCAACUCUUAUACCAACUGUAUUCUCCAUUGUACCCUCAGGAUUUUGCAUCAUAAUCUAUAAUAUUAUGUUAACAGACUUUUCUGUUUGUGUGCA